AUGAAGAUUAUUGAUCAUCGUCGAAAAGAAAUUGAAGAUCACAAGGAAUUAGGAAGUGACAUGUUGACAUUAUUAAUCACAGCACAUACUGAACAGACUGAACAGAUUGAUGAAGAACAUUCUAAACCUUUAACCAAUGAUCAAAUUUUUCAUAUUUUGAUUGAGGCUAUUGCUCACUAUCCUAAUGUGUUGGCUCGCUUGCGAGAAGAACUUGAUACCAUUUUUGGUUCUGAAAAAAAUCGGCAAAUUACGAUGGAAGAUCUUUCAAAAAUGCGUUAUACCGAAGCUAUAAUCAAAGAAUGCUCUCGUCUUAUAAAUGCCUCAAAAAUGACACAACGUAACUCUUCCUCACCAGAUACUAUGAUCGACCGUGAAUGGCCAGCAAAUACCGCCUUUAUUGUUUAUAUGGAAGGAAUUCAUCAUAAUCCAAUUCAUUGGAAGAAUCCUCUUAAAUUUAAUCCUGAUCGAUUCAUGGAAGCUGAUCCGCAAAAGAAUACUUUUUUGAUGUUUGGAGGUGGAGUGCGAAUUUGCCCAGGAAGAAAGUUAGCACUUGUAGCAAUAAAAGUUCUUAUUUCCUUGAUUUAUAGAAAUUUGGAUAUUUCAUUAGUAGAUAUGGAUGCCCCAUUGAAAUUAAAGAAUACAAUUGUAAACGCCUGUUCUGAAUUAAAUAUUAGAGUUAAACAAAGAGAAUAG